AGGUGGUGUAAUAGGGCAAUGGUGGGUACAGACAUUAAAGUUUGGGAGGCUUUAGCACAAACGAAAUAUCUGUGUCAACAUCCUUUCAAUUCCAAACAAGUUCCCAUCUCCCAUUAAAUGAUUUGAUGCCUAUAUGAAAUCAAAAUCUCCAUCCCCAUAGGCCCAAACAUCAUCAGAAUCACACAAACUUCUGAAAUCAACAUCAACCUCACACAUCCACACCAAAAAUCCUUUCUGUUUGAAACAUAUCAUCAUCAUCAUCAUUUCUCUCUCUCAUGAAACUUCUCUCUCUCUCUCUCUCAUGAAACCACAUAAAUUUGAAUCCUAAAAUCUGAAAAAAGAAGACACGUACACUUGUCGCUUACCAUACAAAGCAAGAACACUUUCUGUUGACGUGUAAACAAACACUCCCAUUCAUUUCAUUUUCCUUCUUUUCUUCCCACACAAUAAAAUAAAGAACCUUUCUCUCUAUUCCUUCUAAUCUUCUUCCCCUCCUUCACUAUACUCACCAGAAUCAUCUUAGCAUCUCUCCGGAUUCAACUACUGAACCACACUAUAUAUAUUUACUCAUGCAAAAAGGUAAAGAACCGACCAGUACCAUGCCACCUCCCAAAGACUCCGACCCAUUGCUGCAGCUUCCAUCCGAACCCACCAAAGCUGCAGACCAUCAACCCGGAUCCGAGAACCCAUUAUUAGUUCCACCGGAGAAGACAAAGGGAUCAUUGGAGGAGAGUAAGUCCGAGAAGGAGGGAUCAGCUCUGCAGGAACCACAAGAGCUCAUAAACCCCACGCCAUCUGCUCAUACAAGUAGUAGUACUACCACUGCACCAAGCGAGGUGGUGGCAACAGUAGAGGAGAUUAACAGCAGCGGGAGGGAGAGGCUGAAGAGGCACCGGGUGGAGGUGGCGGGUCGGGUCUGGAUACCGGAGAUGUGGGGGCAGGAGGAGUUGCUGAAAGACUGGAUCGAUUGCACGGCGUUUGAUGCCACGCUGAUGAACAGCACAAACAAAUCAUUACCAGAUUUAUUUAGUUGCAUGAAAGUUAGACAGUUGAAUGACAUUUUCUUGGCUGCGCCGCCGUGUUAG